CGACAACUAGCUAUUGUAUGUACGCUGUGUAAAAGAUUUUAGUUUUUUGUUUUAUUUGUUUUUAAAAUCGACCAAAAUAUAUAAUAUUGUCUGCUGAAAAUCCAAGAGGAUAUCUAAAUAUAACGAACAGUCGUUGGAUUUACUGGAAAAAUUUGUGAAGCAAUAAUCGGAAGGCAAUUGUGGGAACGAUGACCGAAACUUGGCAAAGAAUUCUAGCCAACUACUGGAUAACCACUCGAAUUGAAACAGAGGCAACGUUGCAAUUGCUGAGACAUGAAUUACGAUACACCGGAAUGCCAUUUGACGAUAAUUUCAAGGAAUACUUUUUGCAAGAAACGAAUUAUCGGAUCGCUAAGACGUGCGAAAAAUUUCUAAAUGAUGUCAGACUGGAUGAGCAAUUUAUUGAAUUUCUUUUUCAAAAUCAGGAAUCGACCAACCAGAAUACGACCACCGAUGAAAGCGUUGAGGAAGAAGUCAACGCACCGAAUAACUACCAUCAGCCAGCGACUGACACUAUUACUCCAAUAACAAAUCAAAUGGAAAAUUCAGUCGCUGAUUGGUACACAUUGCCAUCAUCUACGCCGUAUCAUGGUAUGGUAAGCAGUGCAAUAUUUCAACCAUUCACAUUGAAUUUGGGCAACAACAUCGAUCCGAACAAUGUCACUGGAUCAGUCAAUGUAGUUAUUGACAACGAACCAAUUUUGCCCGCCCAAGUCAACGGAUGUCAAGCGACUAUUUCGAGUGGAAUUGAUCAGAAUGAGAUCGGAAUCGGUAUUGACAACCCAAUCGAAACAUCAAAUAAAGGAAUGGCAGUGGGUAGCCAUGCACCCACUUCUACACAGCCAACCAUUGAUAUGAAUGCUAUGAAUGAACAUCAAUGGAUGCCAACAAUGACACCAUUCCAUGGAUUAUCUGAGGCAUACAUCAUCCCGGGCGAUGGAACACUUCAACAAUUUGCAUCGUUUCCGUGUAAUAACAUCGAUUCGAACAACAUGACAGCAUCAUUUGGAGCCAUAUUCGACAACGACUCAAUGCCCGCACAGGUCGGCGAGUCUCAAGUCACUCUUACAAAUCGAAUGGGCAUUAGUCGAGAUGACAUGCGAAAUAACCUAGAGAUCAACGAUAUGGCCAAUAAAAUGGUGGUAAAUGGUCCAGAAUAUUGUUAUUCCGACAUUCGAUCACUAUUGAUUGAUAUUAGAGAAGGGAAAUCAGGAUGCGUUAAGCUGUUAGAAAGCGCGGGUGCUCAACCGAGUCGACGGAUUAAAACCAAUUCAAAUGGUGCUGAAAAACAGAAUGGAUCAACAUCAAAUGGAAAAUCCGAUAAAAAAUGUGAAUUUUGUACUUAUGUGACCAAACGUCCAUCACAGCUGAUAAUACACACACGCAAACACACUGGCGAGAAACCAUUUCAAUGCAACAUUUGUGCGAAAAGAUUUACUCGAAUGUGUUAUCUGAACAAGCAUAUAAGAACUCACGACCAAUUCCCAUUCCACUCCUCGAUUUUUCGACGAGGAUUCACGGUGAAACGGGCAACGAAGACUCAUGAGAAAAGCUGCAAUCCACGACGAUUUGAAUGUUACUUGUGCAAAUAUGCUACACCAUUGAAAUCAAACUUGGUUACGCAUAUGGGCAUUCAUACCGGAUACAAACCAUUCCGUUGUUCUCAUUGCUCAGCACGAUUCGUUGCAAAAUCUAAUUUAAAUUCGCAUCAAAAACGUCAUAACAACGAAUCCAAGUAAUUUUUGUUAUAGACCGGUCAGCUUUUAUCCAUUGUAAAAUGUCUAUAAACAAAUUAAAUGUAAGUCUCGUUGAUAUAUCACAAAAAGACAUACAAUUCUUGCCAUUUAUUCGAAUUGAAAAGUCAUUAUUUCUAUGAAGCUCAGAAAAUAAGAUUGAAAAUGUUACAAUCUAUUGUAUUCUAAUUGAAAUGGAGUGUAUUUGUGUCGAAAUAGAAUUAUUCAGUUCAAAGAAAUUUAUUAUGAGGAA